CGGCGGCGUCCCGCCAUGUCGGCUGCGAAGCACCGGGGCCCUAAGGGGGGCAGUCCGCCCGCCGCCGCUAACGAGAGGGGCGCGCAGCCAGGCGGCGCCGAGGAAGCGACGACGAAGAAGCCGCCGUCGUCGUCUCACGGCCGAGGCGGCAGGGCCGCCGCGGGGGGAGGAGGGGGUCGCUCCGGUGCCAGUCCUCGCCGCGGCUGGGCGCUGCUCCUGGGCGCCGCGAUGGUGCUGGGCGCCGCGCUACCUGCCGGCUGGUACGUGCGGCAGCUGCGAGAGGAGGUCGGGCGGAGCGCCCAGGAGAGGGAGGCCUCCGGCCGGCAGCGUCAGGAGCUGGCCGCCACCCUGGACGCCGUGGUGCAGAAGGUGCGUUCCCUUCAAGCCACGUUUGGAGAAUUUGAGUCCAUGAUGAAAAUUGCACAGCAGAAACAGGAGGUUACUGAGAAGGCUGUGAAACAAGGGGAGAGUGAAAUAAACCGGAUAAGUGAAGUGCUUCAGAAGCUGCAAAAUGAAAUUUUGAAAGACUUGUCUGAUGGCAUCCACAUGGUGAAGGAUGCAAGGGAACGAGACUUCACAUCUCUGGAGAACACAGUAGAAGAGAGACUAACAGAGCUAACCAAGUCUAUAAAUGACAACAUUGCAGUAUUCACUAAAGUCCAGCAAAGGAGCCAAGAUGAGAUCAACAAUAUGAAAGCAAAGGUUGAUUCACUAGAAGAGGCAGAUAUAUAUAAACAUGAAAUUAAGGUGCUAAAAGAUGCUUUUGAUGAGAUGCAAGUCUCCAUAAAAAACAAAGAAAAGGACAUAGAGACCUUGAAGAGUACAAUAGACUCCAUGGAGUCUGAUGUGUAUACUGAAGUGAAAGAGCUAAUCAACCUCAAACAAGAACAUGAGAAAUUCAAAGAGGCUGCAGAUACUGAACACCUUUCAUUAAAAGCUUUACAGGAGAAAGUUCUAAGAGCUGAGGAUUCUAUUAUACAGCUCCCCAAUGACAUUAAAAGGCUAGAUGAAGAUUUACUGCAAGUUAAAGCUGACCUCAACAAAUGGGAAGAAAAUGAACUCUUCAGAAAGGCAUUGGAAACUUUUGGGAAGAACAGUGAAGGACUGGACUCUCGACUGAGGCACAUAGAAGACAACCUAGAGUCUCUAACUUCUGUUGCAGCUCAAAACAGUGAAAAGUUGCAGUCUUUCUUUUCUAAGGAGGCAGAGUAUGAGAACAAGCUCAGUACCCUAGAACAAAGCAUCACUGCUCUACAGGGAGUCUCAGAUCUGGAUGUAACUUCAGUCACAGACAUUUUGAAAAAUCUUGGUGAAUCACAGACCUCACUGUACAAUGACGUGGAAAACUUGAGGAGAAGUAUCAGUGACCUGCCAUCCUCUGGUGCUCUUCAGGAUGUCCAGAAGCAAAUUAGUACUUUGUUGGAUCAAGGAACUCUUCAGACAGAUCAAGCACAUUCUCAAGGCUAUCUUGAAAAAUUUUCUUCUGUGGAAGGCUCUGUAGAUGAACUGAGAUCUUCUGUCAGUCAGGUUGAUUCUGAUUUGAAAAUGAUAAGAACUGCAGUGGAUAGUUUAGUCGCCUACUCGGUGAAAAUUGAAAAUAAUGAGAACAACUUGGAGUCUGUGAAGAGCUCAAUAGAUGAUCUGAGGAAUGAUCUGGAAAGAUUAUUUGUGAAAGUAGAGAAAAUACACGAAAAAGUUUAGGUGGCAGUGCUCCUUGUGCAAACAGUGGGUUAAGGAGAGUAGCUUUUGUAUGCCCAUUUUUUUCAAUUAUUUUUAAAAGCAAUUUGAUACCUCCAAAGAGAAUAAGAAUACUUUAAUAAUAGGGACAGUUCUGCUUAUUUCAUUUAUUUCUUUUUUGUGUAGUGUUUUUUUGGGUUGUUUGUUUUUAUUUUUAAAUUUUCUGUUAAGAAAACAUGAGUUUAGUUGGGGGUUGAAUUUCUAAGGGCUCAUCUCUAUAAAGUUGUACAGCUGUAACUGUAGUGGUGUAACUAAGACACUACAGCAUCGUUAGCAUGAGCACAUAUUUAAUGGCUUGAAGGUAUUUCACUUUAUGACACUAGAUGUGCCACACAGAAGGGCCACAGCUGUUCUGGUGCAAAAAGUACACUGCUGUACACACUGAGACUUCUGUUGGUAGGUUUUGUGUUAAGAAACAAAUGAACAGAACUACACCCUUAUACUGUCUUAAACCUUUUAGAUGUGUAGACUUACACGUGGACCAUGUUUGAAGCAACUUAGCCAUUUCUGCAGUUUGGG